AUGACGUCUCUCCGUCUUCGAGUCGAUGGAACAAGAUUCAAGGAUUCGCAGAAUCGCGAAGUUACGGUACGAGGUAUAAACGUUGCUGGCGACGCCAAAUAUCCGAAGACACCUGGUGUCCCUACUAGUGUGGGUGAUGGGUUUUUUGACGCCGAUAAUGUCUCCUUUGUCGGACGACCGUUCUCGCUCGAUGAUGCACAUACACACUUUUCAAGACUAUGGAAACUCGGAUAUAACACUAUUAGAUACAUUUUUACCUGGGAAGCGAUUGAGCACGAGGGACCGGGUAAGUAUGAUGACGAAUGGGUAUCCUUCACCAUAGAAGUCCUCAAGAUCGCCAAGCAAUAUGGGUUCUACGUGUUCAUGGACCCGCAUCAGGAUGUGUGGUCAAGGCUGUCAGGAGGGUCCGGUGCACCUGCCUGGACACUUUACGCCGCAGGCUUGGAUCCACGAGGUUUCAAAAAGACACAGGCCGCCUUGGUCCAAAACACAUGGGAUGAUCCUGCUAAGUUCCCGAAAAUGAUAUGGGCCACGAACUAUACCAGACUUGUGUGUCAAACAAUAUUCACACUCUUCUGGGCUGGACGUGACUUUGCGCCCAAGGCGAUCAUUAACGGCAUAAAUAUCCAAGACUACCUCCAGAGCCACUUUAUUGCUGCGUGUAAAUAUCUAGCGCAAAAGAUCCAUGAUGCUGGCGACCUUGAGAAUGAGGUGGUAAUCGGAUGGGAAAGCCUUAACGAACCCCAGAGAGGGUUAAUUGGUAUCCAAGAUAUAUCAGUCAUCCCCGCAGAGCAACAGCUUCAAUUGGGAACUUCGCCGACUGCUUUUCAGGGUAUGCUUACGGGCUCCGGGCGCCCUUGUGAGGAGGCAGUAUGGGGGUUCGGAGGGUUUGGGCCUUAUCAAAGUGGUCGGGAGCUUGUAGACCCCGAGGGCGAGACCGCUUGGCUGCCAGUGACCUACGAUGACACAAAGUACGGCUGGGUGCGAGACCCUAAUUGGAAGUUGGGCCAAUGCUUGUGGGCACAGCAUGGUGUUUGGGAUCCUACGACCGACGAACUGCUACAAAAGGACUACUUUUCAAAGAAACCUCGAACCGGAGAACCUCUAGAUUACGACAAAUUCACCAACACUUACUUCAUGGAACACUAUAGAGCAUAUACGGAAGCCAUUAGAAGCGUAUGGCCUGGUUCAAUCAUGCUAUGUCAACCCCCGGUCAUGGAGAUUCCACCUGACCUCAAAGGCUCCAAUGAUGAUGACCCGAAUAUGGUUCAUGCCAUUCAUUAUUAUGAUGGCCUCACACUGAUGUCGAAACAUUGGAAUCGGCUAUACAAUGUGGACGUCAUUGGCGUUCUUCGCGGGAAAUAUCUUACACCAGCUUUUGGCGUAAAGAUUGGAGAAACAGCAAUCAGGAACUGUUUGCGCGAUCAGCUGAAAUUCCUAAGGGAUGAGAGUUUGAGAUACAUGGGAAACCAUCCCGUAAUAUUCACCGAAACAGGGAUUCCCUACGACAUGGAUGACAAGCAUGCGUACAAAACUGGGGACUACAGCAGUCAGAUCAGUGCCAUGGACGCAAUCCACUACGCACUUGAAGGAAGCACUUCGAAUGGAUUUACGCUGUGGGUUUACACGACGAAGAACGAUCAUGAAUGGGGUGACCAGUGGAAUGGGGAGGAUUUGUCUAUCUAUUCGGUCGAUGAUCUCGAACUCCCAAGUGGCAAGUCUUUGGAUCACGAAUUAAACAACCUGUCAGACCACCAAUCCCCUUCAUACUCAUCCAGCCACAGCAACAACCCCAACCAACAAAUAAACCCUAGGAAUCUGAAAGAUGCCGUCAAGACACCCUCUAUAUCGUCGGAGGUUUCUCAACUUGGCGAGAGUAAAUUGGGGUACCGCGCAGGGGAGGCUUUCCUCCGACCCAGCCCUAUUGUCACUAACGGAGUGGUAUCGGACUACGUAUUCGAUCUGCGAGAAUGUACUUUUACAAUGUCGCUUGUCGGUAAUAAGGGAACGGCAGACACCCCGACAGAGAUCUUCCUACCGGAUUUCCAUUUUCCGGAAACGGAUACAGAGGUGAGCGUUAGCUCUGGAGAUUGGUCGAUUGAUUACGUAGAGGUCAAACGCGUCAGGGUACAGCGGCUUCAAUGGUGGCAUUCCGAGGGCAAUCAGGACGUCAAAAUCCAGGGGCUGAAGCGCAAAGGUGGUGCUUUGGCUGCCCCGUCAGCGGAGGAUUUGAGCUACCUGGAGCAGUGUCAAAAGGGAGAAUGUACGGUGAUGUAG